UACGGCGUUUGUCCCGUCCAUAUUCGCCCGCGAUGGAGAUCAGCAUGAGAUCGGGGGGCUUAAUUUAACAAGCAUUCUUCUGUCAGUCAUCAGUGAACCACUGCGAUCUUGAUUUAGGGCACUUUGUUAUCGCCUCUGACCGGGAAAUGUAAGAACAUGUUUCUUGAUGACAGUCGAUGGGUCGGUUGUUUUCACUAAUUGGGUGGCGAAGCUUGAUGGCCUGGUCGUGUAUGCGCUCGGCCUGAAGAAGUUCGAUAUUCGAGUUUGGUGGCGGUGGCUGGAAUGACGCUGUGUUCUAAGCUGCCGCGAUUGGAGUGCUCAAUGUCGUCGGGAGCUGUCAUAUAGAAAGAGGAUCUUGGGUGUCGCAGUUCGUCUUGUUCGUAGCGAAGGUGUUUCCGGUUCCGGUUUCGGUUCUUUUUGCCCGGUGGAAGACCAAAUCUGUCGUUGUGCAAGUAGUGGCGUGGGAGUUCUGUGACAUAAUCGGCAGUUAAUCGUUUACAUAAUCACUGAUUGCUUCGCUUUGGCGGAAACAACCCCGAGGGAUUGCCGCCGACCUUUGUCUCAGGCGCUACCGGUGACAGGGAACGAAGGGGCGUAAAACGAAUCUUGAAAGCGAGAAGACAUUCCAUCACCAGGGUGACACUGCUGGUUGAUGUGGCGAGGAUCGGACUAAUGAUGUGAAGUUCGUUGCCCGUGGUCAUGAGGAUACGAAACUCAUGACAGCCGGGGAGGAGCGUGUCAGGAGGAUGAUGUUCCAAUCGAGGUCCGGGAAGUGCCUAUUCUGUCCCUGCCGGCGUCAUUGAUGGAGGUGAAGCAAGAAAUCCAGGACGAGGAAGGUUUCUACGUGGAACCACCAAGGAAGCGCACAAGGACGCAUGAAGUCGACGCGGGAAUGGAUGAGGAGGAAGAACUGGAGGAACAACCUUCACCCCCGGAAUCACGGUUUAAGAAAGCAAGGGUCCAGCAUGAUCCCAGACCUCAGCACCCAGAAGCGCUUAUCUCUGAACAACUUAGGGAAGCCGUCGAAAAAGCUCAAACAUAUGCUGAGCCUAAAGGUACCGAAGAUUGUGCAACUCGGUCUCGCAAUGAACGACAUGUUCGAUUUCUUAAUUGCAUAACCUUAGUGCUGCAGGAGAGCUCUGGGUUCUUGAAAAGAAGUUCCGAGUCCGGCUGUUUCCAGCCUUCAUACGAUGAGCUUAGAAAUUUCCAAUGCAAUGCGAGGCGUCUACUCGACGAAGUCGAGCAAGGAAUCCACUUGUUUCGCAUCAAGGAGAUCGAGAGAAUAGAGGCUGAGAAGGCUAGGACUGAAAGUGUUGUAGUUGCUGAACGUAGCAAGCUCUUGGCCAGAAUUGAGGGUCUCAGACAAGAGAACUCAAAUAUAAGGGCUGAGUGCACCAAACUGGAAUUAGAAGUAGACCGCCUUUUUCACGAGAAGGCUGAAUUCGAGAAAGAGCGUGUGGAGGCUGAGGCAGAUAAGGAAAAGCACGCAAAGGAGAGAACAAGAGAGCUGGCCAAGAAACACGAGGAGGAGGUUUUUGCACUAGGGAGGGAGGUUGUGGCGUUACAGGGCAAAGGGAUCUGCCAAAUGUGCUACCUGAAUCCAAGAGAUGGUUUAGUCCUUCCUUGUCUGCAUUUGCUUUACUGCUAUCAGUGCUUGGAAGCUCACAAAUUGCAGAGCAAGGCUUGUCCAUGGCCGAGUUGUAGAAGCAGGAUCAGUGCACUACUGUUAUGUGACUUGACUGGCGAGAAUAGCACUCUAUAGAGUUCGCUGGACAAUGUAAAUUUGUACAGGUUCAGAUGCCGUAAGCAAACAACAAUACUGUUUUGUGAAACGAACUCUCUGAGUGGCCACCAUGUUUGCACUUUCUCAAGCUUUUAGCUCUGUACCGAAGAUGGUAGUACUUCGCUCUGUAGGUCGGAAAUGCUCGUUGGAAACGAAUCAAUAGAGUCGAGGAACUUGGCAGUGCUGUGAAAUUGGACAUCGACAUCGACUUCUGACAUCGAUUCACCACGCGGCAGGUCUGAGCAGUAGAAUAGUUUGGUAAUGUGAGGUGGCAUAGUAUUUUGGUCCUUUGGGGCUAAUUGAUCAAUUGUCGACCCCAUAGUGCGAGCUCAGGAAGGUCAUUUUAUAUGACUGAUUCUUUCCACUCUCAUCAAACGAAACAAUAUGUAGGACGUUAAUAGAAAUAGAUAAUAUAAUAACCUAAAUAGAAGAAAUCAGUCAUAGCAAGACUUCAUCUAAAAGGUAUGUACAGAAUGUAAAACUGAGGUCAAAAUGGUGUCCACCCUCUAGCAAUUGCG